AUGUUGUUGUCACAGAAAGCCCAAGGUUUCGUGCCGACAACAUCCUUCACUCGACCCACGUCCACAAAGAAGUCUGUGCUACGAUUGAUACCCUUGACACAAUUUGGGGACGAACUGAGUUUCUUUUCUCCCGCAUUCGACAAGAAACGGUGUUGUAUAAGCCGGGACGGAAAGUUUACUACCGGCAAUGAUGAUGAAGAGCCCUUUGAACUCUUUAUUGUGGAAGAAAACGACUUGCCAGAAGUGGCCCUGUUCAUUGUCAAGGCGUUUGGUGCCGAUGCCAUCAACCUGAUCAGCAAUGAAUUCAGUGCCUUUGAAAAGAGACUAAUCGAACCAGCCAUGGACUUUUUCAAUGGCUACACGGCCGUCACGGCAUUUACCGAAGUCUUGUGGGGACUCCGUAUCCGGCAAGCCGAUCGAGUGGUCCUGUCGUCUGUGAAGGAAAUACUGGCAUCUUCCGAGGAAGAAAAGGAGCAAGCAAUCGCAGCAAAGGUGCCUGUCACCAAUGAUAUUUCCCCACCUCAACUACCAGAAGAUAUGACCUAUAAGGAAAAGGUCGAAGCUUGCAACCGCAAGUCACUUGUGCUUGUAUUGGCCCGACCUAGUGUCAGUAAUGACAACAGCUCUAGUAAAUGGGAGUCCGUAGAAUCCAACAUUGACAUCAUUGCAUCUGUCGAACUGAGGUUACAGGUGAGUCUACUAAGGGGGUGGCAUUUGUUCGGUGGUUCUGAUAUUUGUGUGCAUUGCGGAUGUUCAAAAAUGAUUCCACUAACCACCAUACGCCAUGCAAACAUGCCAAUGGAAAAGCCAUGCGAUGCCAAGAUCCCCUUUAGUCUUCCAUGGUGGGAUGAAAUAGAACGAAAUGCGGCCAGCUUCCUUGGAAUCCCCAAAGACAAGAGCUCCAACCACUUGCAGCCUUACUUGAGCACACUUUGUGUGGACGAAACCUAUCGAGGAAAGCAAAUUGGCCGCGCCAUUGUAAGAUGUCUGGAAGACAUUGCGACAACAAAAUGGGGAUACUCUAAAAUGUACCUUCAUGUGGAUGGAGAGAAUCCUCCGGCGUUGAACCUGUACAAAAGCGAAGGAUAUGAGGAUGUCGGUCGAAGAUGGAAUCCCUUUUGGGCGGGCAAGGCAGCCGAUAUUGGAUACUUUGUCAAGAAUAUGUAG